AGUGUGGAAGCGACUGCCGCACGUGUUGUGGUGCCUUUAUACUUGUGCUUACCUUGUUUGUAGUGAAAUAAUAAAAAAACCAGUCAGGGCCGAUCUCUCUCCGCACACCCUUGUGUGCUGAAAUCCGAACACGAAACUGAGUCUGUGUAGUGUUGUGCGAAUGUAUGGAUUGUCGUAGUAGGGGUAGCAAGAUAAGAUAAGAUAAAGAUGCGCACGGUCGACAGUUAAAGAAACUAAACAAGUUUGUGCAGCUGUGAGAGAAGUUUUAUAUAAAAUUAUGAGAAACAAAGUGCAGUGAAAUAGUGAUUUGUGUAUGUGAUGCUAUAUUGAAAACCAUGGGUUGUCAGUUGGGAAAGCUGGCUUCGUCGGAGAGGAGGUCUGGUGAAGCGGUCUUAAAUGAGGGGCCUCCGCCGAAAACGGAUCCGCGGCUGCCUUUAACUGCUAAGCAGAAGUACUCCAUGGUAGCAUCAUGGAAGGGAAUUUCGCGUGCCAUGGAGAAAACUGGGAUAUGCAUGUUUAUUAAACUGUUCGAAGAGAACCAAGAUCUUCUUGACAUGUUCGAGAAAUUUCGACAAUGCAAGACAAAAGACGAGCAAAUUAACUCAAUGGAGUUAGCGGAGCAUGCUAAUAAUGUUAUGAACACGUUGGAUGAGGGCAUUAAGGGAUUGGACGAUUUGGACAAUUUCUUCCAAUAUAUCCACCAGAUUGGCGCCAGUCAUAGACGGAUACCUGGGUUUAAAGUAGAAUAUUUUUGGAAAAUAGAGGCGCCAUUUCUAGCCGCAGUUGAGUCGACUCUGGGUGAUCGCUAUACGCCAAACGUAGAGAACAUAUAUAAAAUAACAAUAAAGUUUAUCCUACAGACGCUCGUAGAUGGCUACGAGAAAGCCGCGAAAUCCUCCAACUCAACGUGAACCCUCUGGGAUUUGACAUUUCCUGAGCUCAGAUUGUUCUUACAGACAGAAGAUAAAUUACUUUUUGGUCUAAAAACUAAAUAUAAUUUUUUUACUGCCAUAAUAAUAUUUAUUAGUAUCACGUUAUUAUGCAAUUUGUAAAUUUUGACUUAAUAGUUUCUUGUUAAUUUAUAGCGUUUGUUAUUCUUAUAGUAGGAGUGAAUUAAUUUGAGCUCAGGUCAUAUUGGAUGUUGUCAUAUUUCGGAUCUCAUAUUUUUGGAGAUACCUGUACAAAAGUCAAUUUAGAAACCUACUGUGUAUUUAUAUAAAUGUAUACAAUUGUCUUCUCACGAAUUCUAAUAUCGAGAAUUCUUCAAAUGUAAACUUAAUCUUAUAUUUGUAAUAUAUUGCUUAGAUGUAAAGUGUAUUAGGUUUAGAAUAAUUGUCGUAAAAAUCUACUACAAAUGAAACUCUUAACCUAUUUAUUUAACAUAUCUAACAAUAACUCACAGCUAGACCAGUAAAGCAUGAAACAUCAACGUAAAAAUAUAUAUGACUAUACCUUUCACAACAAUUUAUAACACCAAAAAAUACUAAGGAAUCUAUCCUUUAUUUAUCCCGAAAAGAAAGGGUGAAAUAACUAGGAAGGGUAGUGUCAACAAGAGUUGUUAGCUUAGGAUGUGAAUAUUGAUUGCAGAGGUAACGGGCCGUGACGUCACGAUUGUGGUGUGACUUGAAGCUUCAAUUACGAUUAACGAACUCGCUUAAUGGCGUGUUAUGUACCUUUUUAGUGACUACUUUAUUUUUAAUAUUUAUACAUGGUGCAGUUAUUUAUUAAAUCGUUGCCAAAUAAUAAGUUUUAGCAAGCUUACACUGUAAACUAUAGAUUUUAAUAAAUGUUAAUUAAUUAUAGUUUAAUGUCGCUUUGAAAAGAGUCAAAAUUGUUUUCCUGCACUUUUUGUGAUUUCUUGAAUGUUUACUUUUUACUGUAUGCGGUUGAAAAUUGUGUCGGCUGUGUGAUGAAUGCAAUUUUAAGACCCAUUUUUUUAACUUGCUACAAUGUACAUAAUUUUAUCACCCACAAGAUUUCGAUUCACUUGUGUACCUACAAGUAAAUCAAUAUUAAUAUUUAAAUAUUACGUACAGUCACCGCCCCAACGCCAUUUUUCAUUAAUUAUUAGCUUUUUAAUAACGCUCAUAAUCACAGCCAGAAAUUUUACUUAAGCUAUUUUGUAUAGAUUUAUCAUAUCCCAAUAUAAAACUAAAAUUAAUUUUCACUGACUUUACUUUCUAAAUCAUUCUUUAUUCUGACAUUGUUUCGUAUAUUAUUCAUAUACCAUUAGAGAUAAUUUAAUGGACACCUAUGUUAGAAAGAUAUAAGAUUAUCAAUAUAUCAAAAUAUAUAGCAACCAGUUUAUUUACAUAUAUUUAUUACGAGUGCAUAAUGUUGUGCUUUAUAAGAAAAUUCGUGGAUUUAUUUUCUAAAUGUAUGUGAAGUCAAUGUAAGAAAAUUCUACGCUUAAUGUGUAUUUAUGUAAAUAGAGAUAUACUAUGAUUCCUACUGUGUUUUUCUGAAUUGUUAAUAUAUGUUUAAAUUAAAUUCCGUACUUAACAAACUGUUAAUUAAAUCUCAUAAGACUAAUGUUAUAAUUAAAGCCGAAAAUAAGAGAUAUAUUUAAAGGUAUAUCCUUUCCAUUGAAAUAAAAUUUUCAGAUUGCGAGGCGUUGAACGAAUAUUGAAUUACUUAUCUGCAUUCCCGAGGGAGCUACAGGAUCACAAAGAAAAUGUAUUUAUUUCAGUUUAAACAGGAAAAUUGAAUUUUUACUUCCAUUAAAGCAUCAGGUGAAGGGUUUUCAUUUGACGAAAGAAGUAAUUUUAAGCAAUCAGUAUAGAUUUUGCUAUGUAUUAUCAAAAUAAUGCAAUGACAUCAGGCCUAGUCUUUUGGCCAUACCAGCGUGGGUCACAGUUCUUACAAAUAAUUUUUAUUUAGCACUAUAGAAUCUACUAAGAUGGUCUAUUCUAGAUGAAUCUAUAAGCCAAUUUGAAGAACGAACCUAUUAAGUAUUUUUAAAGGCAAAUGAUAUAUGGAAUUGUUUUUUAUCUUCGAAUCUUCAAAUACUUGUAGAUUGUACAUGCAUAUUAUGAUAGCUAUAUUUUUAAUUACAUUUGGAAUACCCAAAGUCAUCGUCAAAAAGCCAAGUGACACGUAGGGGUGAAACGCUUACAAUGUUAGCUCAUAUUUUAUUUAUUUAUUUACCACUAAAAAUACUACUACUACUAAAAAUUACAAGGGAUGCAACGGGCGGCUUAUUUUCAGCAGUGACCUGUCGUUUUCAGGUAAAAAUAGGACCUAGUCAUUUCGAUCAUGACGGCUUUUUUCCUGUGCCAAUGUGUUUCUGAAAACUUUUGAUAGUAAUAAGAUUUCUGGUGUAUUUUUUAUUUGUGUACGCACUUUCAAAGCAUUUCACUAGUACGGGUCACUUGUAUAGUAGUUAAUAGUUAUUAAGAGAUGAAUGUUUGUAUUAUUAAGAUGGAUGUAUCAAAUGUUAUUUAAUUUGAAAUAAAUUAUUUUAAAAUGC